UCUCCUUGGACACACUGACGAAGGCUCCGUCUUGCUAUGGCCACCACAACACGGGGAAGCUCUUCUCUCCCAGUCCAGCAUGAACAACAAAUACCCGGACCAGAACCCGCCCUGACCCAGCUGGAACAAGAACAGCCUGACCAAGAACCAAGCCCAGCGUGUAGCCCAGAGAGCAGUCCGGUAGCCACCCAGAACGAGGAGCAGAGACCAUCUUACGGCCUCUCUUCGUCCUCAUUCCAUCGCGACGGAGAGGAUGAGGAGGACGAGGAUGAGCUGGAAGGCAACUCUGGACCAGGACAGGAGACCGUGGGAGGAGAACAGUUGGACCCAGAGUGGGUUGAGGAGAGAUUCCGUAUUGACAGGAAGAAGCUGGAGAGCAUGCUAUAUGCUCCUAAACUUGGAGAGGAACUCACAGGUGAAGAAUUCUUCGAGAGAGUGAUGAAGGAAACUGACACCCAGGUGAAAUGGCCAUCCAAGUUGAAAAUAGGAGCCAAGUCAAAGAAAGACCCCCAUGUGAAGGUGGAGGGCAAGAGAAUUAAUGUUCUCGAGGCCAAAAAGAAGAUUCUACAAUUCCUGGAGACAAAGGUCAACAAGGUGACCCUGAAGAUGGACGUUGCCCACACAGAGCACUCCCAUGUGAUCGGGAAAGGGGGCGGCAACAUUAAGAAGGUGAUGGAGAUGACAUCGUGCCACAUCCACUUCCCUGACUCCAACAGACACAACGCCACGGGAGAGAAGAGCAACCAGGUGUCCGUCGCUGGGCCUGUCGAAGGGGUCGAGGCAGCCAGAAAGAGGAUACGUGACCUCCAGCCACUUGUGUUAUCCUUUGACCUCCCGGUAACCUUGGCAGCGCAAGCCUUGCCAGACGCAGCAUCGCCGGUCAUCCAGCAGGUGGCGCAGGCUCUUGGGGUCACCGUUAACUUCAGGGCUCAGCCCAGACUGUACAGCAGCUGUUGUAUGGUCAGAGGACUGCAGGGCAAUGCCACCGCUGUCAAGAAGGCGGUGUGUGUCCUGAUGGAGUUUCUGCUGGGGCCAGAGGUCGGAGUCAUUGCUGAGGGCCAGGGAGGAAUCACGGGUGUGGUCAGUACCCAGCUGGACGUGACCUCCCAGCAGCACCUCUUCCUGCUGGGGCAAAACGGGGCCCACUUCCUGGGUGUCAUGCAUCAAACCCAGACCCAGAUAGUCCUGCCGGACCUCAGCGCCCCUCAGAAUCCCCCCUCGCUGCUCAUCCAGGGCAGCCCGGACGGGGUGUGUUUGGCCAGGCAGCUGCUCAUGGACUGCCUGCCUGUGUGUCUGAUGUUUGACAUGCGUGAGGAUGGCGAUGUGGACCCUCGUCAUUUGGCCCAGAUGAUGCGGCGUUUGGGCAUCUUCAUCAGCGUCAAACCCAAAGUCAAACAGACCACCAAGUCCGUGGUGGUUAAAGGUCUGGAGAGAAACAUCUCCAGCUUGUACGAGGCCCGGCGGCUGCUGCUGGGUCUGGAUUCUGGCGAGGUCGCCAUGGUAACUAAUAUGAAUUCUGACCCCACGAUGGUCAGCAACGAGCUGACCAACUACUGGCUCAACAUGCUUUUGCAGCAACUCCGCCUCUCAGACCACGGCUCCAUAUCAUCCCCUGAUGCUCUGAAUGGUUCUUUCCCCCAAACUAAGCCACGUCCUUCACCCCCACCUGGCCUGACUCCGCCCUCUGAGGAAGUAAGGAUGGGAAUGAAAGCGACGGAGAACAGACAACUGGAAAAGAUCCCAGAGAAUGAGGAUCCAUCCGGCCUGUCAGAUGAGGAGGCGAGCCCCUGUCUGAUGACAUCAGAGCUGAGGGAUGUCUUGAGCCAGGUGAGGAUGGCGAGUCGGAGGAGCAGCCUCCAGGGUCCUGAGGUCUGCAGCUUCCUCAACCAGGGGAGACGCCAUUCCACAGGACAGGCCUUGACCAUGAGACUGUUGAACGGAGGGAUGGAGGGAGGAUGCAGUGACAGACGGAACAGCCUGAGAGAGACGGAGGGGGGGAGGUGUGAUACUAGACGGAACAGCCUGAGAGAGACGGAGGGGGGGAGGAGUGAUACUAGACUCAACCACCUGAGGAGGGACGUGACUCAGGACACUCCCUCUGACGAUUCAAGGACUGAGGAUUACGACUACGAGAUGAAGAAACUGCUGGCAACUAGAGCUAUGCAGAGGAAACCAGUGGAGACGGAGGUGCGGACCCCCACAGACACAUGGAGUGGUCUGGGCUUCUCCAAGUCCAUGCCUGCAGAGGCUGUCAAGGAGCUACGCAGCAUUAGCCGACGCAGCUAUAAACCCUACCUGGCAAACACCGGACAGCCACAGACCUGGGGCCUUCAGAAUGGGAUGGAGAAAAUUGGGAACGGCAGUAACUCGGAGAAUUGGCGCGACAGACGUGGAUCCCUGUCCUCAUCCUUCACUAUCUCGCCCUCUCCGUCUUCCUCCUCCUCUUCCUCUCCCUCUAACUUCUCCUUAUCGUCAACCACCUCAUCACUCCCGACAUUUUCGUCUUCAACCAACAGACACCAAACCAUUCAAACGUCUGAAAGCUUUAACUACUUUGAGGGCAUGUCCACGGUGAGGGCAUUAACCAGCACCCAACGGAGCCCCUCCCCUGAGCCUACAGACAACCUCGAUGAGCUCUUGAGUCAGCUCGGUCUGGGGAAGUACAUUGAUGUGUUCCAACAGCAAGAGAUUGAUUUCCAGACAUUCCUGACUCUUUCUGACGAGGAUCUGAAAGAGGUGGGACUGUCCACGUUUGGAGCAAGAAGGAAGAUGCUCAUGGCCAUCUCAGACCUGAACAAAAGCAAGAGAAAACAACCAGAGGUGUCAGCUGUGAAGCCUGGCUACCUCGAAGGAGGGGCUAGUGGCCGGCUCCCACGCAUCAUGGACGAGGACACAGCUGCUCAGAGCAACCACUGGUGACCUUUCACCCCAUUACCCAACAUCGGUAGAACCUGACCAAGGCAGCAGAUCUACGAGCCGAUUGUCUUUUACAUAUCCUAGCCCUGGUGACAGACCUUGGAUCAGAUGCUGGAUCAGUGUCUGGGGAUUAACGUUUUCCUGCUCCCAUUUUCCACACCAGCAGCCAUUAUGCAAAGCUUUUCUCAACAACCCCAAAGACCAAGAGGAAUUCCAUACUGGGUGGACCACACAGUGUUGCCUGGAAGAGUACCGGGAGGUCAUAAACAAUGUGACCCGUCUCGGAGAGUUCCCUCCACUUUACUGCCUCUCAUCUCUUCAGACGAUGCCUUAUGCAAACCUGCAUUGCUUUUUUCAGUGGGUAGGGGUUAAACACUGUCUGUAUUGGCUACGACUAUUAAACGUUUUCCGUUUCCUAUUUCA